AUGUCGGAUGAUCGCAGCUAUCGCAUGUUGAUCAUGCUAGAAGAUGCGGUCCCAUCAGAGGAGGUGACCGAUGCCUCUGGAAAAACAGAUUCGGUUGGAGAAAGUGCCAGAGAUGAGGCACCCGUUCGUGCGACACAUGAAUUUGUCGAUGAGCUAGUACUACCAGUGGAGAUAGAGGAUUUCGAUAAUUUGAACGAAUGGUUUGACUCGUUCGAUGCGGACAUAUGCAUACCGAAUGAGGGAUUCAUCAAGUACGAGAUCAGUAGUGAUGGGUUGGUGGUUUUGUUACUUGCAAGAGAGCGCGCGCAUGUGCUCGACCUCAUUCGUGCAUUUGUGGCCUCUCACCACUAG